ACCAGCCCCUGGGAAAGUUGCGGUGUGUGGCAGGCUACAUUUAUCUGUACUGGACUCUGUCUAAGACAUGGCAGCGAGUCUUCUAAGUCCGGUCUGCAAAAGACUUUGCUGACAAACACCUGCUUAGUCAUCUGGAAGGCUGCGUGAGAGGAAGAUGCGGUUCAUAAUUGCACUGUUGCUUGUGCACCUGCAUGGUCAAACGGAAGCAGCGCAGUGCGCAUGCGCCACUGAGGGACUGAACGUGCGCAGUGCAGCAGGAACGUCACACGGCAUCGUCCACGUCAUGCAGACCGGCGAGUGCGCCACCUACCUGGGCCAGUCGAGCCAGGCGGACGGAUACACCUGGCUGCACCUGAGUGUUGCUGGGCAGACUGGGUGGGCGGCGUCCAACUGGCUGCACGUUAAAGAAUGCGGUACCAGCUCCGUGCAGUUGCCCGGAUGUCCACACAUCGUUACACGUGCUGAGUGGGGUGCACGUGCACCCACAAGUCACAUCGGCAACAUGGCGGCCUUGCCCAUCUACGUCUUCAUCCAUCAUGGCGACGGCAGCGAAUGCUUUGACCGGGCCUCCUGUAUCACCAAAUUAAGAAUUUACCAGAACUACAACAUGGACACCCGAGGCUAUUCCGACAUCGGCUACAACUUCGUUAUCGGUGAGGAUGGCAACGCGUACGAGGCCCGCGGGUGGUCAGAGAUCGGGGCCCACACCCUGGGCUACAACAACAACGGCAUUGCGAUCUGUGUCAUCGGUAACUUCGACAACCACGUGCCCAACGCUGCGGCGCUGGCCACGGUGAAGCAGCUGAUCCAGUGCGGCCUGGCCAACGGCAAGAUCAACCCUAACUACACCCUCAAGGGGCACCGUGACGUGGGCAGCACUGACUGCCCGGGCACUGCCCUCUACAACCUCAUCCACACCUGGCCCCACUACGCUAGUGGCACGGCGCUGUACGGCUGACCGCGGGGCCUGGCCCACCACGUGACACGUGACACACACGUCGGCUUUACGUUGCCAUCACGUUGUGAACUACGUUUUGACGCUGUCUCCACAUUGAACGCUGUAACGUUUCGCGACGUCAAUGUUUGGACAGUGAAUUAUUUGUCUCAAUUGCGAGGUCAUGUUCUUUUUACCUGCGGAAUCACGCAGGCAGUCUGAAGGAAGUCACGUGACUGCUGACAGCACAUUAUCACUGCACCACAACUUGACACAGAGAGAACACUGGGAAUAUAUUGAAAAAAUCUUGAGAAUAUUAAGAAAUAAGAUCAUUUCAUGAUGAUCGUCAGCUCAGUUUAUUCGAUGCAGCUCAAUGUACAUUA